GAAGCUGAACCAGGCGGGGGAAUUGCAGCAAGGUCCCAUGCCCUCGCGUUUCUUCCUCUGCUCUGGGAUCCCCGUCUCUCUCGCUUUCCCUUCGGCCACAUUGUCGGCUCCGGGCUGGGGGAGGGAGCGAUGCCUUGCUCAAUCGGAUGAAAGUUUGCAUAAUGAUCAGGAGGAGACAGCCGUGAAAAUCUCGACCUCUCCCAAGCCAGGAGCCUUCAUCUAAAUGGGUCCAGUUAUGCCUCCCAGUAAGAAGCCGGAGGGCUCGGGGAUUAGCGUUUCCAGCGGACUGAGCCAGUGUUUCCGGGAUAGUGAUUUAUCCAAGACACUUCAUGAUGAUGAGGACUUGGAUAUCUCUUUGCCUGCUCUCCGAUCAGAAAAAGGACCCAUGGAGGAUGAAGAACUAACUAACUUGAACUGGUUACAUGAGAGUAAGAACUUGCUGAAAAGUUUUGGGGACUCGGUGUUAAGAAGCGUUAGCCCCGUGCAGGAUCUCGAUGAUGAUACCCCUCCAUCUCCUGCUCACGCGGACAUGCCCUACGAUGCCAAGCAGAACCCCAACUGCAAACCACCGUACUCUUUUAGCUGCCUCAUAUUUAUGGCCAUCGAGGACUCUCCAACCAAACGACUGCCUGUGAAGGAUAUAUAUAAUUGGAUUUUGGAACACUUCCCUUAUUUUGCAAACGCCCCCACUGGAUGGAAAAACUCCGUGAGGCAUAAUCUGUCGUUGAAUAAGUGUUUUAAGAAGGUGGACAAAGACAGAAGUCAGAGUAUUGGGAAGGGGUCUUUAUGGUGUAUAGACCCAGAAUAUAGACAAAAUCUUAUCCAGGCUUUGAAGAAGACUCCCUAUCAUCCAUAUUCUCAUGUGUUUAGCACACCUCCAGCGUCUCCUCAGGCAUAUCAAAGCACAUCAGGUCCUCCCAUAUGGCCCAGAAGCACCUUCUUCAAACGAAAUGGCUCCCUUCUGCAAGAUCCUGACAUUGAUGCUGCUACUACCAUGAUGCUUUUGAAUACUCCCCCUGAGAUACAAGCAGGUUUUCCUCCUGGAGUAAUACAAAAUGGAGCUCGUAUUCUGAGUAGAGGAAUCUUCCCUGGAGUUAGACCACUGCCAAUAAAUCCUAUCGAAAGCAUGGCUGCUGCAGUAAGGAAUGGAAUAGUAAACUGCCGGAUGCGGACAGAAAGUGAACAAUCCUGUGGCUCUCCCGUGGUUAGCGGUGACCCAAAGGAAGAUCAUAACUAUAGCAGUGCCAAAUCUUCCAACCCCAGGAGCACAUCGCCUGCUAGUGACUCAGUCUCCUCUUCCUCUGCGGACGACCAUUAUGAAUUCGUUACUAAAGGUAGCCGGGACGGUAGUGAGGGCAGCGAAGUCAGCUCCCACAGCCACGAGAGCCAUAGCGAGGCAGAGGAGGAGGAUAAAAGGCAAAACCGGAAAGAGACCAAGGAUUCUUUAGCUGACAGCGGGUACGCUUCUCAGCACAAGAAGCGGCAGCAUUUACUGAAGGCAAAAAAAGUACCAAGUGACACACUGCCUCUUAAAAAGAGACGUACGGAGAAACCCCCAGAAAGUGACGAUGAGGAGAUGAAGGAAGCAGCUGGAUCGCUCCUGCAUUUGGCAGGGAUUCGGUCUUGUUUGAAUAACAUCACCAAUCGGACGGCAAAGGGGCAGAAAGAGCAAAAGGACACCACAAAAAAUGAGAACAAAUCCAUUGAUUGAACUUACAAAACAAUUUCUUUUCAGCACGUCAGGUGAAUUCUAAUGAUUUGUGGCAAUAUCAACAAAUAUUUUCUUUGUUCAGGUUUUUUUCUUUUUCUUUCUUUUUUUCUUUUUGUUUUGUUUCUUUUUUUUUGGAACCCUUGAGAUUUUUAUUUUUUAAAGGAGAUUGAAGCCAUAGAACUCAUACUGAUACUCAACUAAUUUUACGAAAGCUUUUCAUUACAUGAAGACAAGAUAACAAAAAGCCAAAAUUGCCAUUGCUUUCUCCAGCUUUGUCAGAAAUGCAUGGUUGAAUACGCCGUGACAUCACCAGUUAAUGUGAGAGAGGAAUAAAAUUUGGCACUUGGAAAAUAUACCUAGAAGAAAUUUGGUAAUCAUUCAGGCCAGGCUUUUACAAUUUUUUUUAAAAAAAGGCCUUAUCACUGGGUUUAUAUGUGAUUGUGACUAGAGAUUUGGGGACAGUAAGAGGCUUACAUUGUCCUCAAAACUAAGAAUCUUAGAGUGGCAUUUGCUUGCUGUUGUGCCAUAAAAUCUUGGGAUAGCCACUGGAGACAGCUGCUGAUACAGUAAUGAACUAUUGGUGCUUCAUGUACUGUAUAUGGCUCAUAAUGUGAAGACCUAAUAUCUUUAAAAUUGUGGAAAACUGAACUGUGUAUGCAAUGAGUUUCAGUGAAAUGAAGAGAAAGGGGACGGGGAGAUUAGUGAUAUUGUUUAAUCAAUUAAUUGUCUUCUAUAUUUAAAAUUAAAAGAAUGUUUGUUUUUUUUAAAAAAGCCAUAAGCCUGAAGAUUGGCACUGCCUGCAAAAAUAUUAUGGGAAGACAAGCUAUGAGUUCUUAACUGCCUGAGUGAAAAGCAAUCAAGUCUAAAGAAAAUUAUGAGUAGCUAUAUAAGGAGAAUCAAAAUGAGGAAACCUUUUCUGUAGGUCAAAAAGAUUUGAUCAUGCUGGGGAAGGGGGUAAGACAUGCUACAAAACCUGCCAUUAGUAUUAUAUUACCUUUUUGUUUUGACAAAAAAAAAUUGAUGUGUUUGGGCAAAAAUAUCAAAUAAUUAUUAUUACAUAGAGCUUCUUUACAGUACCCUCAAAAUGGCAUACCCAAGUUAAUGUCAGUGAGGAUUCAUCUGUGCAAAAACGAUGAUGUAUUUCCAGUUUUAACCAGUGUAGCCAGCAGAAAAUUCUGAUCCACAUUUGCAUGGAUUCCUUUCUGGGAGGGACGUGGGAGUACAAAACAAAACCCUUUUUUAAUUCAGAGAUAACAGAAGUUCUUGUAAGGUAAAUAAUGUAUUUAGCAUGAAGCAUGAAUUAUUUUCAUAUAAAUAUAGAGAAUAGAGAAAAGGCUAUGCCUCUAAUUUUUAAGCCCAUUGGCUUAGUUUGGUUUUUUUGGGUUUUUGUUUUGGAUUUUUUUUCCUCCUUUUUUGUUUUGUUUUGUUUGUUUUUGGAAGCAGGUGUUUUAAGGUUUAACCUUUUUCAGGGACAAAUACUGACUGUUGGGGAAACUUACUCUGCAAUAUUAAAAAUAAAUCGUCAUGCUCGGGUAGGGCUUGGAUGGUUGAAUUAAAUUGCCUUGUCUGCACAUUCAGCCCCUCCCCCUGCUACUCUGUUUUUCGGAACACGUUUGUCCUUUCUUUGUCUUUACAUGUAUUAACAUUACGCAAUAAUUUUGAGGGCAAGAUGAGUAGUGAGUGUGUAUGGUAAGGCUUCCGGAGGAGAGACUUGGAUUUGGGUAACACAUACAAAUUGGCUUGGGACAACGAGUGCCCCCGUUGGCUCAUCUGCAGCAUGGAAAGAAAGGUUGGGGAAGGCUGCUCUUUUGUUUGGAGUGAUUAGAGGUAUGUAGUGCCAUGGUUUAAAAAAAAGUGAUUGGUUAAUGAAUUACCCUUACCCGUGCAGUGAUAACGGCCCCAUAAUGAGGUUGAAGUCGCAUUGAUAAGACAACCUUUAUUUGAAAAUGUGAACAUCCAAGGCCCAAAGCCUCAGACUACGUUCAAAUUUAAAACUGCAAUCCAAAGGACAUGCAUCAGCUCUUUUUACGCUCUCUGUUCCCAACCACAGUUUCAGCCUGGGAGAGGGAUUCUGUUGGAGUAACAUUUGAUGUGGCAAUGCAUCCAUGUCCAUACAGAAGUGUUUUAGGCAUGCAUGGAGCUCUCUGGAUCAUGGCCAUAGGCUCCAGUAAAGUAAACAUAAUUUUAUACUCUAGGAAGCUUUUUUUUAAAAAAAAAAACAAUAACCCUGUAACGACACAUUUCCACAGAAGGAAGGAUUUCUGCCCACAGGAUGUGAUUUCUUUACUUCCUCCUGCUGCUGUAGCCCAAAAUGCCCCCUGAAAUUCAGCUUCAGGGGAGGAACAGUGUUUGGGAGGGCACUUCAGGCUGCAGUGGGACAGGGCAAGCAAGGAAGUUGCAUUCCACUGAUAGAAAUGCUUCUGUGGAUUCAAACAAGUGGAAUGGUAGUCCACAGAAUGUAUUCAGUUUGGGUGGGAGGCAUAUGAUGAGAGACUUAAAUAAGACACGGCAUCAGAUUGUUGCAAUUUUACCAUACUAUCUUAUAGACAAAUAUAGUUGAAAGGUUGUAUAUGCAAAAUAGAAGGGUGGAGGAGGAGGCAUUUCUUAAUUAAGCGGCAAAACCCACUCCUCUUUAAAGGAACGCAGUCAAAGAAUAUAAAAGAGUCUUCGGCAAACCAGGGUGCCAUAUAUACUGUGACUUCCACGGAAAUGCAUCCAGGCAUAAGCACAUAUUAAUAAGAGAUAUAAUUGCCUAUUUAGUCAAGUGGAAAGGAUUCUGAAAUUUUAAUAUUACUAUUUAAACCAAUAUAGUCAUGCUUGCAUAGAGAGCCAAAAGAGUAUAGCACAUUCAGCACACGGCAGUCUAUAUUGUGACCCAAAGGGACCUCUCAGUUGCUAACUGAAAUGCAAUCCAAAAAAGUACAUCCUGGAAUUAAUAGAAUAGCAAAUACAGGAUCCCAAGAAUGAAUUUCUGUUUUACCUCUGGUGCCUUGCUGCGGUGGCAAGAGGUAGAGCGAGACUCAUAUCACAUUGCAGUAUCAUGCCUGUACCCCUUUUAGGAAAUAUGCGGUCUUCAAGCAGGUGUGUGGUACAGGUUGAAUUAUACAUUUGAGUGCCAUCGUAUCCACCUUUUGCACAUACUAUGAGCACAAUAGGACUAUCUCUUACUCAUCCCCCAAUGCAUUUCAAUAGGGGAAAAAUGUUCCAGACAAUUUAAUGAGUAGGAGAAAAUCCCGGCUGUUCUGCCCUACAUGCCUUUUUAAAUAACAUUCACCACUGCAGUCUUCCUUGAAUUCCUUGGAUCUGGAAGCAUGCCAUUCCUUUGUAACAUAGAUGUACAUCAAAAAUAAAUACGUCUAUUUCAUUAGUUUCUUCUGAAUGUGUCGCCCACGUGUUACUCGCAAAACUGUUUGAUCCACAAAAGAUAAUAUUCCUUACUCUUCUAUUUGUUGGCUAUAUUAUAAUCUACCAUGUUUUACCAUGUUUUUCCUGAUAAAGUAGUUCCCAAGUCACAUUUUAAAUAUUCAAUUUGGUAGUUCUUUCAAGAUUAGGCACAUAAACUGCUCCCUGUGUAUAUUUAUGUCCAGAAUUCUGUUUGCCUGACAUUCAUGCAGUUAGUUUGUACAAGCACCCAUCCUUGGGAUUCAUUGCAGUCUUCAGCUUUUGUAUAAAGCUAUUUUGUAAAAAUAAAACAGCCAUCCUAGUACAAACCACUGCUGGAAAGAAGGAAAGAGGGCAACUUAGGGUGCAACUAAACCAAAGCCUGACAAUUUGUUCCAUGGAUUUUAAUAAGACAGCUCAGAAGGGGUUCAGCUUUCCUAGUGAAAUCAAUGAGAACGUAAAUUGCUUCACUUUGGCUGGUUUAUACCUUAUGUUCUUAUCAUCCCUGGGACACAGAUUACCACCCCGUUUAAUUUAUGCUGAAAAACUAAUCUGUACAGAAAUAACUACAGUUUAUCUUUGUACCAAAUAUUGCAUUAGGUUAAUUUAGGCUUCAACAAUUCAGGACUUGAAGUGCUUUUCAUAUAUGUGAAAUCUUGACCUGUCGGUCAUAUAAUUCCAGAAUGCACAGUAUUUGUCCUUUUAUUCUCCAUGAAAUCUCUCCCAACAGAUUCUGUGGUGCCAUCUUAUUACCUUGGAGCCAAACCUAAAUUAAUAUAAUUGGGUCCACUGGUAGAUUUUACCUGCAUUGGUGCUGUUCCACUUCCCAUUCAUGAAUGCUGUGCAGAAAUACAGUGGAUUGUAUUUUCCAUACUUGAACUAUUUAUCUCUAUGCCACAGCAAAAAGGCUUCAUUAAUACUUUGAAUUUAGCCAAUCAGAAAAGUUCUCAUGAUACCAGAAUUCAUGACUUUGCACAUGUCUUCAGGUGGUUACUAUAACAUUCUCUUUUGUUUUGGCUUAUUUUACUAUCGGUAGUAUAGGUAUGCCAGCAAUUUUAGUGGAGUUGAAAAUAUAUGGAUCAAAUUAUUAUUCAUUGCAUACGUAUUAAUAACCAGGAAAAUGACCCAACUAUCAUUCUUGCAUGGUCCUCAAGAGGGGGUGCAUGUGAAGGUAUUCCAAUGGCAAGGGGAGGGCGUCUGACCUCUUUCUGGCGUAUCAUUGACCUGCCAGACCAUUACUUCAGGGUAUAGGUCCAAGCAAGGUUGAUGUGCUGAGGACCUCUUAACCGGGUAACCAGAUAAUGAUUACAAGACCCAAGAGGCCCCUCCUAGAAUUCUCCCAGCCCAUUAGAAAUAGCCUAAUAAAUCCCUGACUCCAAUUGAGGGUUGAGAUGUAUGUACCUGCCUUGGGGAACGUACCCCCUGCCUCAAAAGAGCUAACACACGUACACACCAAAGCAUCUUCACUCUUCCUUCCACUAACAUUUUUAGAUAGUUUGAGAGGAAUCUUGCCAGACUAGUCAUGUAUGGCAGAGAAGUCAGGGGGCACUGUAUGUGCGCUGCAGCGGAUCACUGGAUUACAGCAAAUGAUGCAACUAAUCUAGAGAUGUCUCCUAAUUUGCCUGGGCACAUAUACAGAGCCUCUGCUGGUGAUAUUCAAGGUCUGGAUUCUGUUUGUUUUGUUGCCUUGAUUUAGUCCUUUGCCUAGUAUUUAAUAAUUUUCCAGUCUUCACGACUCCUUUGUCAUAAUUAACGUUGAAAAGCUAUGAGAAAAGUUUUAACAGGUCUUUCUUUUAUCUAGAGUAGUGCUGGUUUUUAUCCAAGUGGGCAAUUGAAUUGCAUUUUCCAGUGCAAUUUUAUAGUCAGUAUUCCUUACUGAGAGUUUCCCCAGGGGUUUUCGUGUACUGCUGCUAUGCUGGCUUAUUCGCUCCUCCAUUUAAAAAGACAAAAACAUGUCUUGCAUUUGGUGCUGUCUGCAAUGCAGACGCAAAGGAGCAUAGCCUCCCCUUACACCAUAAAAAUGCUGGAUUGAGACUAGAAACCACUGGAUUGAGACUAGACUUUGAGUAUGCAUGCAUGUCACUCACUUUAUUUGGAAAAAAAAAUAACAACAGAGCAUGUGAACUUGAGAACAGCAGUUAAAACUAGUUGUUCACCAGUAUUUGCUCAGGCCUCAUUGCUUAUGAUGUUCUUUUUGCAUUGCUUUUGUAUGGAGUUUGGAUGGAGGAGAGUUCAAUGAGCUGACAGACGAGUCUGUAAAACACAACAAAGUGGGGAUGAUCAAAGGAGGCUUGGCUCAGAAUCCUCUUGUUCGCUGACUGUCCACUUAUUUAGACUGCUUGCCUUCCAUGUGCAGAUUUCAAAAUCUGGCUUUCAGAGCCAAACUGUUUAUUAGAGUAAAUUAACAAAGGUCAGUUGCAGAAAUUUCAGCUCUGUGUCAUCCACAAAAAACCUUAAUGAAGCUGAAGUGAAUAGAAGAAACACAUCUUUCGCAUAGAAAGGCAGUUUGCUUAAUUAAGAAAAUAAACUGAAUGAAACUCAGUUGUCUGGCUUGUGCAUUGGUUGAUUUCAGGAUGGGUUUUCUCCCCCCCCCCCCCAAAAAAAGUGUUCUUCCACCUCCAAAAUUGAAACACUCUUGGCUGAGUGACAAUUACAUCUGUCAGUUUUGCUUCAGAGCUCUUCCACUAAUAUGUAAAACACUGUUGUGUAUAUAACUCAGCACUGUGAUCUAAUUUAAAUAACUUUGUUAUUUAUUCUAAUUCAAAACAUACGUUAAUAUUUGUUACAGUGAUAACUGUUUCAAUCUUUGUCUGGAUAUUCACUUUCUAUUAUAGGGAAUUAAAAAAGGUAUAGCUAACUCCUCAUUUUUCUGUUACAGGAUAAAUAAAUAAAUAAAAUUUAAGGGAUGAGUCUCACAAAGAUUUACACAAUAUUUUGUGUUGCUAUUGGCUUGGCCUUUUCCUCACACCUCUUUUAAACCCCUAUGGGGAUAUUUGUCUUUGGGAAUUUUGGGGUGGACAACGACUAUCUUUUGUGUCUGUGUGUGAGCUGGUCAUCUUGAAUUGACCACAGAAUUGUCCAUGAGAUUUAUCAUUGGCACUGUUAGCCAUAAUUGUCCAGUCCUUCCACAACUGGCAAACAAAUAUUUACUUCACUGACCAACUUCCCCCACCCCAUAUGAACCAAGCUUACAAUGCUGUAACUUGCAGGUCCACAAUUAAAAUUACCCAAGAAAAAUGUUGACACGGGAUUCUUCAUAGCUCCUGUGCUAAAAAGCCAACUUAGCACCCAAAACUGUUAUUCAAACUAAGUUUUCACUUCACUGUAUUUACAAUGAGCAUAAAUUCAGCUAUUGGGAAUCUGUUCAAAUUAAUGCAAUAUAAAGAACUGUGCUGAGAACUAUGCAGUUACGUGCAAAGUUGCUCCACUGUAAGCCCAUUGAAAGAAAUGGGGUCACACUGAAUUGUGAAUAGGAUUGUGUUAUUGGUCUGUGGCAGUGGUCUGAGUACGCAAAGUGGAGAAAGGGUUUUUCAGGUGUAGGGAUUUAUAAAAAGCAGAAAUCCCCCCAAUGAAUUUUUUGAUGGUGGGGAUGAAUCCAACUUCCUUCUGACUUUCCAAACAGAGAUCUGGAUCAAGCCAUUUGGGUUGAAAAGUUGCUUUUUAAUGUUGCCAUCAUGUUAGGAAUCAUUUAAUUGCGGCCUCGAACCUCAAUACUUUCCUUCGAUUCUGAUUAAGGAAGAUUGUUUUAUUUUCUUUAAAAAAGUUCACUGAUGGGCGUGAAAAUUUAUUUGAUACCAGUUUCACUUAUAUAUACAUAUUAUACACACUCGCUACUUAACUCUGCCUCGGUGUCAAAUGUUGGACGGGAUGGGGGUAGGGAAAGAUUUCUGUGUGUACGAAACGCAUUAUGAACUUGUACAUUUUUAUACUCUUCUGUCAUAUUUUUGAAAUAUUUUGUUUUGCAGGAAAAAAAAAGUGAUGAAGCAAUCAAAAGACCAAUAAGUACAAUAUCAAUGCUUUAGGGUCGUGAGACCUUUACUGGCCAAUAGGUUAAUUUAGUACAGCAAUAAGCCAAUUUUUUCUUUUCCUUUUCAGGUUUCUUUUUUAAAAAAUCAUUUAUUUUUAUGCUGUACUAGGUGUAUGAAACUGCCAGUUUUAUUAACAUGAAAUGAGUACUGUGAUGGGGGGAGGGGCAUAAACAGUAAUGUUCAGUUGUAUUUGUGUUUACCUAAAUGAGCAGUCGGAAGGCAAGUGCAAUCAGCCGAUCUUUAGGAAAUAUGAAAAAAAAUUGAUCUAGAGGCAUACUUGCAUUUUACGUUUAUUGAUGUGUAAUCAUAUUGCCAAAGACAAACUCUUUCAUCAGUUAUUAUUGUAAAUAACACUUUUCCCAAAACCUGCCAUAAAGUUUCUGUGAUGUAUUGUCUUCCAGUUGCAAUAAAAAUUACUGAGUUGCAUCAAUUGAA